ACUUUUGGAGCUCCCCGGCUAACAGCAACCCCCCAGAUCCUUCACCUCCCCUUAGGCCUGUGCCUUUGGACAGUGCUUGUAAAGACUCACGUCAGCUCUGCCUUAUAAAUGGAGUGCAUUCUAUACGAACCAGAACGCCUUCAGAGCUGGAGUGCAGCCAGACCAACGGAGCGCUGUGUUUCAUUAAUCCCCUCUUCUUAAAAGUGCACAGCCAGGAUGUCAGUGGAAGUCUGAAAAGGCAGAGCCCAAGAACUCAAGAUGUGAAUGGCACAGCGAGGCCUCGCUCCCCCCCGCCCCGGCCACCACCUCCUUCUAUUAAUAGCAUCCUCACGAGUCCACAGCUUUCCAGGACUAUAAAGCAGGCGAGCAUGCCAGAAACAGUCAACCAUAAGAAAGAGAGAGGCUUGGAUUUGCUGCAGAAUAAACCAACCCCUAUUCCACCUCCUCGGCUGAAGAAGCAGGCUGUUUGCUCAGAGGUGGAAGGUAGCUCAAAGACCUCAGCGGUAAUUCGACCUGGCUGCAACUCAGUGAGUGUGCCCGAAGCUGCUGGAGUUCCAGGUGAAACACUGCCUGAGCUGGCUCCAGCAGCUGACAAAAACACGGUAGCUACCAGCUCUGAGUCACACAUACCGUGGAAUGGAGGCAGGCAGAGACUGAGUGACAUGAGCAUUUCCACCUCGUCGUCUGACUCGCUGGACUUCGAUCGGAGCAUGCCGCUGUUUGGCUAUGAAGGGGACACUAACAGCAGCCUGGAGGAUUUUGAGGGGGAAAGCGACCAAGAGAGCAUGGCACCCCCUUUGAAACCCAAGAAGAAAAGAAGCAGUUCGUUUGUUCUCCCCAAGAUUGUGAAAUCUCAGCUACGGAAAGUCAGUGGAGUUUUUAGUUCCUUCAUGACCCCUGAAAAGAGGAUGAUUAAGAAAAUUGCAGAGAUGUCCCAGGACAAACGCACUUAUUUUGGAUGCCUAGUGCAGGACUAUGUCAGCUUUCUCCAGGAAAACAAGGAGUGCCAUGUUUCAAGCACUGAUAUGCUGCAAACGAUUCGGCAGUUCAUGACCCAAGUCAAGAACUAUUUGUCCCAAAGCUCAGAACUUGAUCCCCCAAUCGAAUCGCUGAUUCCUGAGGACCAAAUAGAUGUUGUCCUGGAGAAGGCCAUGCAUAAGUGCAUUCUGAAGCCAUUGAAGAGCCACAUUGAAGCAAUGUUGAAAGAGUUUCAUACCGCGGAUGGUUCUUGGAAACAGCUAAAGGAAAACCUGCAGUUGGUGCGGCAGAGGAAUCCUCAGGAACUGGGCGUGUUUGUUCCAACACCAGACUUUGUGGAUGUUGAAAAGAUUAAAGUCAAGUUCAUGACCAUGCAGAAAAUGUAUUCACCUGAAAAGAAAGUCAUGCUGCUGCUGAGAGUUUGCAAAUUGAUUUACACGGUUAUGGAGAAUAACUCAGGGAGGCUGUAUGGAGCGGAUGACUUCUUGCCUGUGUUGACAUAUGUACUAGCCCAGUGUGAUAUGCUGGAGCUGGAUACUGAAAUUGAAUACAUGAUGGAAUUGCUGGAUCCAUCUUUGCUGCAUGGAGAAGGAGGCUAUUACUUGACAAGCGCUUAUGGAGCACUUUCACUGAUCAAGAACUUCCAGGAAGAACAAGCUGCCCGACUGCUAAGUUCAGAAGCCAGAGAUACUCUCCGGCAAUGGCACAAGAGGAGGACAACUAACAGGACGAUACCUUCAGUUGAUGAUUUUCAGAACUACCUUCGUGUUGCAUUCCAGGAAGUUAACAGUGGAUGUACAGGAAAGACCUUACUAGUAAGACCAUAUAUCACUACCGAAGAUGUAUGUCAGCUUUGUGCUGAAAAGUUUAAAGUGGACAAUCCAGAAGAAUAUAGCCUGUUUCUUUUUGUUGAUGACACCUGGCAGCAGCUGACAGAGGAUACUUACCCUCAGAAAAUUAAGGCAGAGUUGCACAGCCGUCCGCAACCCCAGGUCUUUCACUUUGUCUACAAGCGCAUUAACAGUGAUCCGUAUGGUGCCAUUUUUCAAAACAAUGAUGACUCAGCUUCUUAAAACCAGCAACUCAUCAUUUAAUUUCUGUUCCUUGUUAACUAUUGAAAACAUCUUUGCUGGCUGCCUCCUUUAGGAGCUAAAACAGGUCUUAAACCAUAAAGCCUAGUAAAACACGUGUAGACACCUCUAGCAUUGCUUACAAAAACCCAUGUAAACCAUGCAUAUGGCCAGUUAUGCGGGAUAUUCCACCAGCGUGUUUGAAUAAACAGCCCAUGAGGCUGAAUUUCUUGUACCACAGACUCUUUUGAAGCAUAUUACGGUGGCCCUCUGCAGGUCUUUUGCUGUAGUGUGCAAAAAUCUAUUUUCUUACACUCAUCCUUUAGCCAAAUGUCAUUCUGAUUUAAAUAUAUGUAUGCUAGACAAGUAUUUCAGUAAACUGGCUGGUAUGAGCUCAGUUUCACCAGCAUGAGUUUGACAAGACUGUCCGAUGCAGGGCAUCAGUUAACUCACAAUUACCUGGAUGAUUGCAUCCUUUCCUAAUUUUUUUUUAAUUACAGAAAAAUCGCUGGGUUUUUAUAUAUAUAUAUCAUAGAAAUUUUAUAGCAGUUGCAGGUAAACUGUCAGGGUUGUUUUUUAAAUAUUUUUUUAACUAUAAAGUAUUCUAUAAUUAUGCAUGUGAUUUUAACAUUUAAUAUACAAGAAUAAAUCUCUUGCUGGUUUUAGAGUAUUGCAUUAAAAGUCUCUGUGGUUUCUCUUUUCCUGUUACAGGGGAGUUUUUAUGAAACUUCUGUUAUCUGUGAGAAGAUUGUAACAUUGGUACUGGCAAUUUCAGUGCCUUUAUCUGAACUUGAUGUACUGUUAUCUGGAUUAUUGUUUAUAUGCAUUGUUUUAGACAGAACUAGGGGGUUGGAAGAGGAAAUUGAAAGAAAAGGAUGUAGAGAAGGGGCAGAGAAAGAAUGCAGCGAACCUAAUUUAGGAUUAAAAUGCGUUAGUCUGCUGGUUCAGGCUCCUUGCCGAAAAUAAGCAAAGGAGGUUGGUAGGGAACUUUUAUGUAAGCGGUAUUGUAGAUUUGCAGAGGGAUUUGACAGCACCUAUCCCAGAUACUAUUUGUGUUAGCAGAGGAUUAAAUAUAUCAGUAAGGUGAAGGAGAACACUAACUAUUUUGUAUAGUCUGUCACCAACAUCAAAAUGUGUCUUGGACUGAAGAAUGUGUUGUAGCAUUUAAUGGUUCUAAGUUACUCAGGUGAGAUGUGAAAGGCAGUCCUACAUAUGCAAAGAUAAAAUGGUGUUAAACGUGUGUGUUCUAUAGAUUUGUCCAAGAUAGCUGAUGCCGUGGGUGAUGCUCUGGACUCUACUUAAGUCAAUUAGGGCUACUCUCUUUAGAGGGACUCUUGGGGUUCUCCCCAAGUCUAGUGUGAGCAGUGUAACGUAAGGCAGAUUAUUACAAAAAUGUCAUGAGCAGCAUGUGUAUUGUACAUACAGAGAUAUGUAGCAUUUUUGUCAGUUUGCCAUGUAUCUGAAACCCCUCGCACAUGUUUGUAUUUCAUUUUGUAAAUGGUGAGUUUUGCACAUAAUAAUACAUUGUAAUACUGAACUAUAAUUUGG